AUGGCCUCUUCUGGCAGCGUAUUUUCCCAGACCUUGCAAGACAUCACCACCACCAAGUUGGAGGAGCUUGCUGGACAGCGCCUUGCUUUCGAGAAGCAAUACAAGCAGCUGCUGGACAAGACCUCCCAUUUUGACGACCGUCUGGAGAGAGUCUUUAUCCUGGCUGAUGGCAUCAAGUCAUGCCUUAGCGUUGUUACAGAGUCGUCAAAAGAUGGCAAGAGCGGCCGCGUUGUGGUAGGCUCGACUGGCAAUAAGCGCCUUGAAACAGACUUGAAGAACCUCGAUCAGUUUCUGGAACAGGCCCGAUAUGAUCCGUCUGUCUCGCCCAAGGUCCUCGAGAAUUGGCAGAAUAUGCUUCUUCGGUAUCUUUCCAUCCAAUCGGCCAAGUACCAAUACGCAGAUCUGUACGGACGGAUCGUCACCGAGUGGCUGUCUUCAGAGCAAUCUGCUCUUAGUGAAGACGACCCCAAGUCGGGCGACAGUUUCGAAGAGCUGCCCGGAGCGAAGAAACUUGAAGCCCGCGCCAAGUGGGAGAAAGUGGUCUUCGAGCCUGCUAAUGUAAACGAAGAAGGGCUGAACGACUACCUUAAACGCCUCUUCUCUGUAGAAGAAGAAAGCAAGACAGACGAGGAGGGCAAGGAAGCAGACUCUGAAGUACGAACUGCCUUAGAAGAGCUGCGUCGCAAGGUUACUGCCUUCGAAAACAGUCUCAGCGGCUCCCAGCAGUUCAAUGUCCAGAAGCUGAGAUGGGUUGUUCAGGGCCUGCAGGCUUCUGACCUCCUAUCUAACGAAAAGCGCGAGGUCCUCAAAGACUUCUUGAGCAACGAUGUCAUCUUGCACGAGAUCGCAGAUGUGCUCAACAUGCGCAUGGCUGUCCUGGGGCGAUGGUCGUGGGGCGACCACGUCCCGCUCGAGGAACGACGAAAUGUCAAUGGCGGCUACAGUAUCCAAAUGCACGAAGAUCUCUUGCAGGCUAUCUUCCUGCAUUACAUUGGCGUAAAAUGGUCCGUCUUCUUCAAGAAUGCAUUCAAGGAUUUCCGCAAGGAGGCUUGGGAGACGAACCAAAUCACCGUCCCGAAGGGUGACCGCCUCCGCCGUGAAUACUACCUCGGCAGCGAUGGCACCCAGGCUUACCCCAAUCUUCAGAAGAAUCGGGCUAUCGGCCACCGGAAAACCUACUUCGCUCACCAGCUGCUCGACUACGAGCGUCAAAGCGUGGAGACGGAAGAGGGAGAGGAGGAAGCUGAAUACGGAGGCUACGCGCAGCAACCUAUGGCGGCGCAACGAUUUGCAAUGCACCAACCUGCGGCGAUGCAACCACUUGCAAUGCACCGACCUGCGGCGGCGCAGCAAUCUAUGCAGCAGCAGUUCACCACCGGUCGCACUAAACAAACAGCUCGCGAAGAAGAAGUAGACAUGGACUGUGAGGACUAUUCUGAUGAAGACGACGACACCGAUGAACCAAAGAACCCGAUGGCCGCGAAACAGAAGCUUGUUCACACCGUGGCCACCGAGAUUGUUCUGAACACUCGCCUGCACGGGGAGUUGACAUGCUUCCGUUCUACCUUCGAGUCGUGGAACCCUCUUUUACCGCAUGAGACUAUCCUUAAAGUGCUCAAGUUCUUCGGAGUCGGUGAUAAGUGGUGCUCUUUCUUCAAGACCUUUCUCCAAGCUCCACUGAAGUUCGCGGACGAUACGUCUUCGUCUCCGCGCCUGCGUCGCCGCGGUACUCCCGGGUCGCAUGCGCUGAGCGACGUGUUUGGCGAGGUCGUGCUUGCGUGCCUUGAUCUCUCUGUUAACCUGGAAACUGGUGGCGAGAUGAUGUAUCGCCUCUACGACGACAUCUGGUUUUGGUCAAAGGACUAUGAGAAGUGCGCAAAGGCUUGGGAUUGUGUAAAGCAAUUCACCGCUGCUAUGAAUGUCGAGAUUGACGAUGUCAAGACCGGCAGCGUCCACAUCUUCGCCGACAAAUCCAAACACCAAUCCACCGACGUAGACAUGGACGGACGCCUCCCAGCCGGAGAAAUCCGCUGGGGCUUCCUCUACCUCGACGGCUUCACCGGCCGCUUCGAGAUCGACGAGAAAAUGGUCGAGGGCCACAUCGAGGAGCUCCGCACGCAGCUACAAGGCAAGUCCAAGAGCGUCAUCGACUGGAUCCAAGCAUGGAACACCUACGCCGCCACCUUCUUCAGCUCCAACUUCGGCAAGCCCGCCAACUGCUUCGGCCGCGAGCACGUAGACAGAAUGCUCGCCACGCACCGCCGCAUCCAAGAGAAGAUCUUCGACGGCGGGAACGUCGUCCAGUUCCUCAAGCAGACGAUUGAAGAGCGCUUCCAGGUGGAGGACAUCCCCGAGGGUUUUCUCUUCUUCCCCGUUGAACUGGGCGGUUUGGACCUCAAGUCCCCCUUCGUAGGCCUCCUCCAGAUCCGCGAGUCCGUUAAGGAGAACCCCUACGACUUCCUCGACGAGUUCGAGAAGAAAGAGCGCAAGGACUACGCCGAGGCGAAGACGGCUUUCGACCGCGGCGACGUGGGGAAGAAUCGCAAGGGCCAGGUGGAGCCUGAGUUUAAGCCUGCCACGGGUGCGGACGAGUUCUUCUCCUUCGAGGAAUACGUUAGGUACCGCGAGGAGUAUGCGCCGACUGCAAAGGCGGAUAUCAUGCGCACGUAUGGCAGCUUGAUGAGGCGCCCGCAGGAAGAGUCCAUCGAUGUCAGCACGCAGAUUCAGGACGCGACGUCGCAGUUGAAUGGGCAGAGCAACCUGAAGGGCAUCACGGCGUACUGGGCUGCCAUGGAACCGUACUGGAAGUGGGUUGCGCAGAUGUACGGGCCGGAGAUGUGUGAGAGGUUUGGGGGCUUGAAUGUCGUGGACCCGGGAUUGCUGCCUAUUGGCAUGGUGAGUAUGUUCCGCGAAAAGAGGAUCAAGUGGCAGGGCUAG